AUGAAUAAUUUAGAUAGAAUAAAGCAGAGAUUAGAAGAGUCGUUAGAAAAACAUAAAAAUAGAUUAUUAAAAACAAGAGAAAAAAAAAUUUCUUCAACUACCAUCCGAACAAUUAAAGACAAGAAUAAAGGAAAGAGUAAUUUACAUACUGCAAAAAUUAUUAAUGUAGAUAAAUUAUUAAAUAAUAAACAAUGUAAUUUACCAAAAAAAAAAUCAAUAGAAAAUUUUAAAAAUUCUAAAUUGUCAUCAAUAAAUAAAUAUGUAAAAAAAAAUGAGUGUUCUUAUAAAUCCUGUGAAAUGAAAAAAAAAGAUAUUAAGUUAGCUUAUUCAAAAGAAAACAGAAAUAAAAUUAAAAUUAAUCAAACAGUUAAAAAAAAAGACAAUUAUAUUAAAGAAGGAAAUAUAAUAGGUAAGAUUAACAAUUCUGAAAAUAAAAAAAAUGUAGAAAAUUAUGUCAAAAAAUUAAAAUAUGAUGACGAUAUUAUCGAUGCAAAUAUAUCAGAUAACAAUAAUGAUUUUCAAAAUAUUUCAAAAGAGGUUAGUGACAAUUUAAAUGAUUUAUUUCGAAAUUUUGUUAAUUGUAAAAUUAAUAAUCUUUAUCUUAUAAGUGGUGAAAGAAGUAAUUAUCCAAAAAACGAUGUUAGUCUAAAUGAAAAAGAGUUGAGAGACAUCGAAAAUGGAGAUAAUGAUAAGAGUGAUUAUCAUGAUAAUGAGAAGAAAGAAAAAGCUAAUGUAAUUGAAGAAAUAAAUUAUAGAGAAAAUGAAAUCAUUGAUAAUAAAAAUGACUUAAAAAAUAUAAAAUCUCAUUUUAAUGAUAAAGGAACAUAUGAAAAUAAUUUAAAAAAACUAUUGGAAAUAGAAAAAAAUAUGAAAGAUAAGAUAAGACAUUUCGAAGAACAAAAGGGAAAUCCAACAAAUGAGGAUAGUACUUUAUGCUGUGUUCUUUCAUCUAAUGGAAAGAGUAUUCAAAAGAUUUCAACAGAAAGUAGUAAUCAGUUAACAUAUAUAAAUUCUUCAAAAGAUUCCGUGCUCGUUAAUAUAUCAUCUUCUCUAUCAAUCGUUAAUUCAAAUGAAGAGAAGAAGUCUGUAUCAGAUAGUGUAGAGUUAUUUACUACUCAAAAAAAUAUUUAUGUUUGUAAUUAUUAUAAAAAAAAGACAAAUAAAAAAAAAAAUUUAAAUCCAAAUGCAUUAAUAGAAAAUUAUAAGAAUGGGCAUUUCACCAAUGCUGAAUACAUUGAUAGUAUUGAUGAACAUUCAAAUUCUUUUAAAAAAUUAUUAAUUAAUAAGCAUAUUAAUAUGGAAAAAAAAAGGAGAAAAAAAAAAAAAAAAAAAAAAUCCUUUGAUUAUUUAGUAAAUGAAAAUAGUGAUAUAAAUUAUAAAAUGGAUGUAUCAAAAGAAAACCAAUUACUAGAAAACAAUAGAACAUAUAUAGAAACUUCUGAAGAUACUGAUAACGAUGAUACAGAAGAUGAUGAAAUCAGGCAAGAGGAAGAUUAUGAAAAAAAGAAAAAUAAUAUAUGUGGCAAUAAGCAAUAUGUUAAACAUUUUGAUAAUAUAAAAAAAAGGAUUUUUUAUUUUCCAAGGAAUAUAAGUAUAAAUAAAUAUAAGACACUUAAAAGGAAUGAAUGUAAAAAUGAUUUUUAUAAUUUAAUCAAUGAAAACAUAAUAAAUGAUAAAGAUACGUUUAAUAAUGAAUGUGUUCCUAUUCAUUUAAAUAAAAAAAAAAAAAAAAAAAUUGUAAUAUAUAAUUCAAAUAACCUAAAUUAUAAAUCAGAUAUUUCUAAUUCUUCAGUAAAAGGUAAUUGUAAUAAUGAUUAUAGAUAUGAUAUAAAUCUUAACUGUGUGAAUGAAACUAAUGACAAUAUAAAAAGAUGCCAAAAAAAAUUAUUAAAAAAACAGAUGAUGAUGCUUCACUAUCAUACUAAUCCAUUAGCUUAUAAUGUUAAGGAUAUAAUAAAAAGAAAAAAUAAAGUAUAUAAAAAUAUAGACAAAAAUAGUGUUUUAAAAAAAACAAAAUAUGAAUUAAGUUCAUAUAUAGCAAGUUCUAAUGCGUAUAUAAGUAAUUAUAAUUUAUAUGAUGAAUACAUAAUAUCAUCUAAUGAUAUAAAAAGGAAUAUUUCAAAUAAUGAAAAUUAUAUUAACUCUAAAGAAUGUAUAAAUAGCAAUAUUCUUAAAUAUAUGAAUAAUUAUUAUUCUAAUCCUUGUUCUCAUAAAGUGGACUAUUUAUGUGAUUAUGACAAUAAACGUAAUUUUAUAAAAGAGCAAAUAGAAAAAUGGAAACGAAAAAAAAUACCAAGUUAUUUAAAAAAAAAUUCUCAUUAUUUUAAAAGUGUUUUAUCAAAUAUUUAUAAUGAUAAAAAUAAUUUAACACUAGAACAUUCUAACGAUUUGCUGAAAAAUACACAAAAACUUUUUUUAUCCAAUGAAUACAUGUUCAAAAACAACAUAAUUUCUUCAACUUUAGAGAGAGAAAAAAAAAAAAAAAUGAUAGAAAAGAAAAGUAAUGAUCAUCUAAAUGAUCUGAACAAUCUCAAAUGCGAAAACACUUUAAAUAUUAAAAAUUCAUCUCUGAAUAGUAACAAGGAAAAUAACUCUUAUUCUAAUUCAGUUUUGUCAACAGAAGGAAAAGAUCAACAUGAUAUCAGUACAAAUUGUUUUAUAUGUUCAUUUCCUAUACAUAAAAAUGAAAAAAAAUAUUUUUUAAAAAAAGAUAGUGUUUCUGGUAGUUUAAAAUUUGAUAUGAUUAAAAAGAGGUUAAAAGAAAAGGAUGAAGUUAAAUAUAAAGAAAAAAGAUACAAAAAUGAAUAUCAAAAAAAUAAAAAUAAGAUUAAAAAUUAUGAAGAUAUUUACGAUAAUAAAGAAAAAAAUAAGAAAGAAAGUGAAAAAGAGCAAAGUGAAUGUGGAUGUGAAUAUAAAAGUGAAAAUGAAAAAGAAAAAUAUUUUAAUAAUAGACAUAAUAAAAAAAGUAAAAAUGAAGAUAAUGCUGAAAAUAUAAAAAAAAAAUGCAAAAAUAUUAAUAUAAAAAAAGAAAAAAUUGAAAAAAUUGGUGAUAUAAAACUAAUUAAUAACAAAAAAAGAGAAAUAGAGGAUAAUAAAAACACUUUAGUUUCUACACUACCAAGCAAUAAUUUUACAUAUAAUUUAAACUUCUGCAAUUAUAUAAAAAAAUUAAACAAGAUUAAAAAAAAUUAUAAUGAAGUUAAUUUUACUAAAAAAUAUAUAAAAAAAAAUAGUAUAAAUAAAAAGAAAAGAAGUGCUAGUUAUGAUUCAAAUAAAAAUUUUCUUCAUUCAUUGAAAAAUUAUGAUACAGAACAUUAUGAAAAAGAAAAAAAUAAUAAAUAUAAUGAAAUGAAAUUAAUUAUGGAUAAGAUAUAUGUAGAAAAAAAGAAAAAAAAAAUUAUCAAUUACAUAAAAAGUAUGUACUUAUUAUGUAGGGAUCCUUUAAUUAAUUUAGAAAGUAAUAUAUAUAAUCAUACACGUGAAAAUUCUUUUAAAAAUUCAAACAGUAUAUGUCAUAGUAACAUAAUAAAUUAUAUGAUAAAAGAAUUGCAUACACUUAAAAAUAAAGAAGAAUCAGAUAAGGAAAAAUAUAACGAAAAAAUAGACAAAGAAAAAAACGAGGAAGAAAUAGAUAAAAACAAAAAUGAGGAAGAAAUGGAUAAAGAAAAAAAUGAGGAAGAAAUAGAUAAAGAAAAAAAUGAGGAAGAAAUAGAUAAAGAAAAAAACGAGGAAGAAAUUAAUUACAAUAAAAAAUUGAACAGCAAUAAGAAAAAUGUAGAAAACUUCAUAAGCGCAAAAAUUCCAUAUUUAAAUAAUAAUGGUAAUGCAAAAUAUAAUUUUUUAAGAAAAGAAACUGAAAAUGAAAUGAAUUCAACAAUUAAUGAUAUUAAUAAUAGUAUUUCACUCAUAAAUGAUAACAAAGAAAAAGAGAACUUAUUAGAGAAAAAAAAUGACUAUUUUAAUGAAGAUAAAAAAAACUUGAAUGAAAAAAAAAAUAAGACUAAUUUAAAAAUAAAUAGUAAUGUUUUAAAAAAAAUAUUAAAAAUGAAAAUUGAAUCAAUGAAAAAUGAUAAUAAUAGAAAAGUUAACGAAGAAAAUAAAAUGGAAUUAAAUUCUUUUAAUGCUAAGGAAAUAUUGGAAUUACCAAAAGAAAUUUUGUCAUAUGAUGAAGGAAUAGAGUUAAAAAAUUAUGAAAAAAACAAUAUUAAAGAAAAAAAUGUAAUAAUUUCAUCGAGUAAUAAUAAUGAUAUUAACUAUAAAGUGGUUGAAACAGGUAGUAACAAUAGCGACGAUGAAAUUAAUUUUGAUAAAUCCUCUAAUAAUAAUAAUAAAAUAAAUUCAAGUAAUCAUAUUACAUCAAUUGAUAAUUUUUUUAAUAGUGCUAAUAACACUGACACUUUUUAUAAAACAAUUAAGAAGAGUUCUGAAAUGUUAAAUAAUAAUAAUAUAUAUGAUAAUAAUAUUAGUAGAGUUAAUAUUAAAGAAAAUAAUAAUAUAAAAUAUUAUGAUAAUGUAGUUAAUACUAGAAAUAAAAAUAAUAAUAACAAUUCUGUUAAUAUUAAAAAUAAUAGUAAUUGCAGUAGUGAUAAUGUUAACAAUAAUGAAUUUGUAAUUGAUACUAACAAAAAGUAUGAUAGUAAAAAUAGUAAUUGUAAAAAUAAUAGUAAUGAAAACGCAAGUAAUUCAGAUGAAAUAAAUGAUAUAAUGUUUGAAUCAAAUAGCAAAAUUGAUGUUUUAGAUUUUAAUGAAUCAUAUUACUGUCGUUAUUUAAAAAAUAUGGAAAAUAAUGACGUAUAUCCCAAUUCAGAAGAACCAAUAACUAAGGAUGAUAAAAGUAAAUUAAUGAAAGCAUACUUAAAUAAUAAAAGAAAAAAUAAAAAUUCUGAAAAGUAUACGCUAAAAUAUAAUAUAGAAUUUUUUAAAUUAGCAAAAUUUUUUUGCGAGGAUUAUAAUUUAUUUAGUAAUUAUCUAAAGGAAAUGGAUUAUAAUUUAUCUAAAAGUGGAGAUGAUUUAGAUAAAACAGCUUUUUCUAUUAUUAAAUUAUUUAGCUUAAGAAAUGGUAUUAAUGAAAAAAAUUCUAGAAAAGAUAGUAAUGAGAACGUUUAUCAAUCUAUUAAUACAUAUAUUAAAAAAAAAAACAAUGUUUUAAAAUAUAAUGAAAAAAAUAUAAAUACACACGUUAAUUGUAAAAGUAAUGAAAUUAUAAAUAAGUUUAAUAACAAAAAAAAAUUUAUUAAAGAUUCUAUUUUUUUAACAAGAACAAAAAUGAAUGAAAAUCUGUUCCUUAAAAAGAAUAAUUCUAUCACGUUAUCAGAAAGUAUAAAUAAAAAUAAACUAAUAAAAAGCAACUUUGAUCAAAAUAACAAUAAAAUGAAUUAUUUUAUAAAUAAUAAAAAUAAAUGUAUAAAUGAAUAUUUAAUGAAUAAUAAAGCUAAAUUAUUUUUAUAUCAACAACCAAUAAAUAUUAAUUAUACGGAAAAAAACAACACAUUUUCAAGAUCAUCUUCUUUCAAAUUUGUAAAUGAAAAUGAGCAUUCUAGUUGUAGCAAAAACUGCUAUAUCAGUAGACAGUCUACUAGCACAAAAAAAAAAAAUUCACUGUUAAAAACAUCUGCUCUGAUCGAAAAAUAUGAAAAAUUAAAAUAUAAAUAG